GGACCGAUUUAAAAAUACUCACCGGGGAUGCCUGAUGUCGCGUAAGUGACGUCAUCAGAAAUCGCCGCAAAAUAACGGGGAAUAACGGCACUUUUAAAUGAGAAAAAGGAACUUACCCAAACGACCCACUUCAAGACCUCUGACCAGACUGCUUGCUAAGGAGUUGGGAAAAACACCUCAAACAACUCCAGAAGGGUCCGAAGAAGAAACUGAAGGUCGAAGAAUCAUUGCUGAAAUGUAACAGAACAGGAAUAGUCUUUAAGAGCAGCUGUGUCAAAAGACUUUGCUGAUAUGUUACAUAAGGAGAUUUCCGGACUGGCUACAAGUAUGCAGCUCGGGAAUAAGCAAGUUAUUGAGACAAUUGGUACUCUCAAGCAACGUAUUGUGGAAGUAGAGACCGAGCUAAAAGCAGAAAUUGAACGGGUUGAAGAAGUUUACAAUGAAAAGUUGGAGCCUGUUCUCACUACUUCUGCAGAACACAGCACUGCUAUUAAAGAUCUGGAAACUGCGAUGAAGAAAAUGUCUGAAGUGAUGAAGAGAAUGAAAGAAGUUCAAGACCGAGUUUCUGGGCAACUGGCUAGAAUGACCGACAAAUGUCUCGACCUCGAAGCUCGGUCAAGACGGCAGAAUUUAAGGAUAGUUGGAUUGAGAGAAGGAAAGGAGACUGGAAUGGACCCUUGGGAGUUCACUGCCAACUUACUUAAACAAGUAUUCAAGCUGUCUGAAAAACCAAAAGUAGAUGUUGCACACCGAGUUCAGAGAGCACAUUCAAGGCCAGGAGCCCCUCCAAGACAGAUUAUAGUGAAACUUCACGACAUAGCAGCUCUUGAAGACAUUAUGAAAAAAAUUCCAUUCGCAACAAAUCUGAUGUUUGAAGGUGAAACCGUACGAUUCUUUAGAGACUACCCAGCAGAAGUGGCUAAGAAACGUGCCCUUUUUACAAAGACAAGACUGAUCCUGAAAGGAAUUCCGAACUUAAGAUACGGAAUAAUUUAUCCUGCAAAAAUGAGUAUCACAUAUAAGGAUUUGGAGCGUUUCUUUAUUGAUCCAGAAGAAGCAUUUAAAUACGCACAAGAGCUAACAAAGGAUAUUAAAGGAUAAGUAAAAUAUCACGGUUAUCCGGA